GGGCCUGAGUUGAUAUGUUUUAAGACUUAUUACUAAGCCCAACACAUAAAAGAAGAGCAGCAGCAGUAGUGAGCCUCCGCCUGCCCUCUCGUCUCUCCAGCGGAGGAAGUUCUAAGCCAUGGAAGACAUAGAAGACUUGCUCAUCGGCGGCGGCGGAGCUCCCCCUGGUUACCGUCUUCCGAUAACUGCAGUGGGUGUAAAGCCGAAGAAAAAGAACUUGUUCAAAUCUAAUCCUAGUGCUGAUGAUUCGAGCAACCAGCCCUCUCCGACCCAAAAUCCACUUGUACCUAAGAUUCCAGGCACACAGACAAUUUAUGUUAAAACCUUUGGAUGCUCUCACAACCAGAGUGACAGCGAAUACAUGGCUGGUCAGCUUUCAGCAUUUGGUUAUUUGUUAAGCGACAAUCCUGAAGAUGCAGACUUGUGGCUUAUAAAUACUUGCACAGUUAAAUCCCCUAGUCAGUCUGCUAUGGACACUCUAAUAACAAAAUGCAAAAAUGCAAAAAAGCCUCUUGUAGUAGCUGGGUGUGUACCACAAGGUAGUCGAGAUUUAAAGGAGUUAGAAGGGGUCAGUAUCGUAGGAGUUCAGCAGAUUGAUCGCGUGGUAGAAGUUGUGGAAGAGACACUAAAAGGCCAUGAAGUAAGGCUGUUAAAUCGCAAGACACUGCCAGCACUUGACCUUCCAAAAGUGAGAAAGAACAAGUUCAUUGAAAUACUUCCAAUCAAUGUUGGCUGUUUAGGUGCUUGCACUUAUUGCAAGACAAAACAUGCUCGCGGUCACUUGGGAAGUUACACUGUUGAUAGCCUUGUAAAGCGUGUAAGAUCUGUCAUCAAUGAAGGAGUCAGGGAAAUAUGGUUGAGCAGUGAAGAUACGGGGGCCUAUGGCCGUGACAUUGGGGUCAAUCUUCCAAUUUUAUUAAAUGCAAUUGUUGCUGAGCUUCCACCUGAUGCAAGCACAAUGCUUCGGAUUGGGAUGACAAAUCCUCCUUUCAUUCUUGAGCACUUGAAAGAGAUAGCAAAGGUUUUGUCUCAUCCAUGCGUAUACUCCUUUUUGCAUGUACCAGUUCAAUCUGGAAGCGAUGCAAUCUUAAGUGCAAUGAAUCGAGAAUAUACAGUCAGUGAGUUCAGGACUGUAGUAGAUACCUUAACUGAGCUUGUUCCUGGGAUGCAGAUUGCAACUGAUAUAAUAUGUGGAUUUCCCGGGGAAACAGAUGAAGAUUUUUGUGAAACUAUCAACCUUAUUAAAGAGUACAAUUUACCUCAAGUUCACAUCUCACAGUUCUAUCCUCGACCAGGGACACCUGCUGCUAGGAUGAAGAAAGUUCCAAGUGCUAUUGUCAAGAAACGAAGCCGUGAGUUGACUUCUGUUUUUGAAGCUUUUACGCCAUAUAAUGGAAUGGAGGGCAGAGUGGAAAGAAUUUGGAUAACAGAAAUUGCUGCAGAUGGCAUUCACUUGGUUGGCCAUACCAAGGGAUACAUACAGGUGCUUGUAAUUGCCCCGGAAACUAUGCUGGGAACUUCUGCUAUGGCGAAGAUAACAUCCAUUGGAAGGUGGUCUGUUUUUGGGGAAGUGAUUGAAACCAUCAGUACAAAACAUCAUAAAACUACUCUGGAAGACACGUUGACUCGAGACAAAGUUUCUCCCUGCUCCAACACUCACGAAACUUGUGCAUGUUCCACGGAACCUGAAUCUUGUGCUUGUGAACUGGGAAGCUGCAAAGGAGCAGUCUCUGUGGGUGAUGAAGUUGAUUCCUCAAGGAAUAUCCCAUUGCCUGAAGAGCCAAAACGGAAGAAUCUGAUUGAAUGGGUAUUGAGGAGACGGAAGAGCCAAGUGAUGCCCAAAAGGGAGGAGACAGAAAAUCCCAUAGUAACUGAGAGAAAGCAAACAUUGGCUGGAGGAAGACUGGAUGAGUGGGGGGUCGUUGAUAUGAUUCUUGUUGGUGGAAUACUAAUCAGUACCUUCACAAUUUUUGGUCUACUGUUUCAUGUUGGAUCCACAACACUCUCCUCCAGUUGGUGAUUCUAUACAAUGCCAAUUUGUAUUCAACCAUUUUUAAGAAAGUUUGUAACAAUUUUUAUUUCAGCUUUUCAUCCAGAGAUGUGUUUUUUGCAGUCACCAGCUCGAAUGUAACUUGAGAUCUCAGCGAUUUUGUUUCCA